GCCGUCCCACGCGUUCCAUCGGCUCUGCUCCAAGUGAACCAACAGCGAAAAAAAAAUCCCCGAAUAAAAACAGCACUCAUACACGGAUACUACAUGUAUCUCCGCACGCUGUGUGUGGAUGUAGAUACUUAAGAACAAACACACCAACGAAUACUAAAGCGAAUGGAGAGCAUAUACCCGUUUCAACAACGACAAGACCGCAAAAACACUCGGCAGAGACACAAUAAAAGUCGGCUAGCGGCCAAAAACGCGCUCAUUGCGUGCGCUGUUUUCGUAACGGCAACGGAAAAUUAGCCAGCCAGUGUUGGAUAGUGUGGGAGAGACGGCCCCUUACCCAUACCAUACCAUACCAUAGAGAGAUACAAGAUACGGACACGAGGAGAUACAUGGCCAGGAUGAGGAUGCGACACGCAUUUGUUGGAUUAAUUGUGUGCUGGCUGGCAGUUUGUCAACCGCAAGCCGAGGCGCAGUUCGCGGGAUUCGGCUUCCAGCCACAGCCCCAACAGUUGGUCUACCAGCAGCAGCCCCGCCAGCAGCUCGUCUACCAACAGCCCUACCAGCAGCAGCCUCGCCAGCAGCUCGUCUACCAGCAGCCCUACCAGCAGCAGCCGCAGCAGGUCUACCAGCAGCAGCCCCGCCAGCGUCAGGGAUCCGUAUCCAAGGCCAACACGAACGCCUAUGAGCGGCAGGUGGACUUCGGCAACAAUGUGGAGUACACCCAGGGACUGUCGAACUCACGGGCCGUGACCAAGCAGAACGGACAGCGCACGGUGACCAACAGCCAGGCCCAGAACCGCGACGUGGAUCUUGGAGGCCUGCAGAUCGGCAACACCCUGACCCGCACCAAGACCAAUGCCAAUGGCGCCGUCUCCCAGGGUAUUUCCGAUCAGUUCAGGAUCGGCAACCUGGGACUGGGAGCCUCGCUCUCGCCCACAAACCUCCAGCAGGGACUGGGACUGCAGCGCGGAGCGGACGGGGACCUGCGUUUGGGUCUCGGAGUUCUCAGCCUGGAUCUGGAUCGGAAUGUGGCCAACUCGAACACACUGUCGCAGGCCCAGGUGAAUGCUCAGGGCAAGGGAGCCCGCGCCAAGUCGAACAGCAACGCCCAGACGAAUACCCAGCAAUAUGGCGGCGUUACCGUCACUGACACCCGCUCAAACUCGAAUGCCGUGGGCAAGGCACGGCGGGGCCAGACCUCGGCCAACACUGGCGGCUUUGGCGGAACUGCCGCGACCAAUGGCCAGACCUACGGCGGUCCCUUCCAGCAGCGUGUGGUGCGACAGCCGCAGCCGGUGGCUUUUAGGCGGCCCAAGAGGCGGGCCCAGUUCGUGCCCUUCGGCUAUCCUGGCGGCGGUUUCGGUCCCGGCUUUGGGGCCGGCCUGGGACCCUUGGGAUUUGAUCGUCCACGUCGUCAGUUUGGCGCUGGUCCCGGCUUUGGCUUUGGACAACCCCAGUUUGGCGGUGGAUUCGACAACUUUGGCCAGCCGCAGUUCGAGCAACAGCAGCAGCAUCACAAUAAGAAGAACAACAAGCAUCACCGCCAGCAGCAGCAGCAGCAGCAGCAGGCUCAAGGCAACGCCAAUGCCCAGGGUGGACCCGGCUUCAAUCAGCAGGCCUCGACGAACAACCACGCCAGUCCUGGUAACACGGGCUCCAGCAGCAUCGGCUCGAACCUGGCCCAGGACGGCAGUAGCGGCCAGGUGAGCUCCGCCAACACGAACCAGCAGAACACUCAGACUGCCGAUGGCUUCGACAACACCCAGAACUCGCAGAGCCAGGCCCUCAACUUCAAUGCCGGGGAGCAGCAGGCGUCCAGCGCCAAUGCCAACACACAGCACACGCAGCAGGGCAACCGUGAAACCGUAGGCUCCAACAGCGGCUCAACAGCCACCAACAACAACCAGUUUGGCUCCUCCACGAACACGGCCCAGACCAACUCCCAGGUGGUGCGGGAGGGCAACCGGCAGGACGUCACGAGCGACGCCAGCAGCCAGUCGAUCUUCCAGGGCAAUGGGAAUGGCAAUGGCGGCCAGGGCAAUGCCGCAGCCAAUACCAAUGCCCAGACGAGCUCCCAGACCGGUCCCAACGGUUUCGUUAGCAACUCGGCCUCGAGCAGCGCCACGGCCACCAGCCAAAACGGAGAGUCGGCCAAUGCCAAUGCCAAUGCCAGUGCCGGCGGUCCGGGUGCCGGUGGAGCGAGUGCCGGCGCCAAUGGCGGUGCCUUCAAUGGCUUCGGUGGCGGCGGUGGGGCCAAUGCCAACAGCAACGCCUUCGGCGGCUUUGGCUUCUUUGGCCGUUAGUUGAAGAUCUCUCCUCGAAAGAGAGUUCUCGUUCCAUAUUUUUGAACAUGUACUUCUUUCUUUUUGUCGUCUUCGUCUGCCCCAUAAGUCACUCACUCAAGGCACUCUGGAAUAAAACUGCAUUUGUUAAUUUUA